CACUCUUAUAUUCUCAUACUAUUACUCUGCUCUCAGGUUUUUCACAGCCUGCUGUAUUGCUCUUCUGCGGAGCAGUACACUGCUUCUCUUGCUCUCUGCAUCCACAGCUGAGCACCGUGAAGGCAGAUAGCACUAGACUGCAUGACGGCUUAUUCGUCUCACACUAUAGCUUGUUGUCCUUACUCCUUCCUUCCUUCUAUUUUCUAUUUCUUGGGGAUGUGUGAAAUUUCAGGAGUGUGAUCCACAUAAACAUUAUGAUAAGGAAAAAGAUCUCCGAAGCUCUGGAAGAAGACAGCAGUGUGUUACUUGAUCUGGAAAAGAAUGGGUCAAGAAUGUUGACAGAUUCCUAUGGUAGCGUGCAGAAUGGCAGAUAUACAACAGGAUAUCUGAAUGAUGAAGAAGAUGACGAUGAUGAUGAUGAUGAACCCAUCUACAUUCAGUGUGACAGGCUUGGUUACAGAUAUGACUCAAAGGGAAACUACUUUAGAGAUGGAAAAACCAAAAUCGAUUUUGUGCUGGUCUGGGAGGAGAAACUGCGACCACAGAAGAAGAAAAAAGUGAGAUAUACUUACCAUGAGAUGGACAGGGAAGAUGAUGUUGAAACAAAUGAAUGCAACAGCAUGCGAAAUAAACACAAGACCUGGAGAGAGAAAUUUGUAAAGAAUUUGCAGACUGCUGGGCUUUUAAUGGAGAAGGAGGAGACAGUGAGUGAGAGGAAGACCAUCCAUUACCUGAAGCUGAGUGCACCCUGGGAUGUGUUAGUGUACUAUGCAGAGGAGCUUUGUAUGAGGGCACCACUUCAGGCUCAUCCAAACCCAGAUAUGAAUACCUCAGACAGGGUACUUAAGAAGCUGCAUAUUCCAAAUAUCAUGUAUGAUGAGGUCCCUAACAAGCCCAUGGACUACUAUACAUGUGCCUUUCGCAAGUCCAAACUUGACAAGUUCUUGGGCAGUGAAAACCAUGACUACUAUUUUACAAAUACACAGCGAAACCGAAUAAUGUAUGAAAUCCUUUCUCGAACUGCAUAUGGCAAAAGAAAACGAGCUGAGGUGGGCAUUGACAGGCUGCUGAAUGAAGGUGUUUACUCUGCUGCAUUUCCACUUCAUGAGGGUACAUUUGAAAUGCCAGAGUAUGAAGUCAGUCCAGAAGACCUUAACCCAAGACAAGUUCUGUAUAGCUACUGGGCCCGCUGGUGUAAAUGGUACAAAUAUCAGCCACUGGAUCACAUUCGAGAAUAUUUUGGAGAAAAGAUCGCAAUUUACUUUGCAUGGUUAGGAUUUUACACAGUUUGGCUUCUACCAGCAGCUGUGGUUGGUACCUUUGUUUUCAUCUCAGGUCUUAUCACCAUGAGCAAUAAUAUACCUGCGCAAGAGAUCUGUAGCAGUGGUGGUGAAUAUUUGAUGUGCCCUUUGUGUGAUACAUGUGAUACCUGGAACAUCUCUGAGAUCUGUCCAAUGGCCAAGCUGGGUUACUUGUUUGAUCAUCCUGGGACUGUCUUCUUCAGUGUCUUCAUGUCCUUCUGGGCAGUGACAUUUCUAGAAUACUGGAAGAGAAAGAACGCUACACUGGCCCAUCACUGGGACUGCAUGGACUUUGAAGAGGAAGAGGAGCGUCCAAGGCCAGAAUUUGCUGCCAUGGCACCUUUAAUGGAACAGAAUCCAAUCACUGGGAUCAAAGAACCAUAUUUUCCAGAGAAGGAUCGUCUGUCCCGCAUCAUCACUGGGUUCAUGGUCAUUAUAAUCAUGCUGUCUGUGGUGAUGAUUUUUCUGGUGUCUGUGAUCAUGUACCGCGGUAUUGUCAGCAUGAUGAUGUACCACACGGGUAACACCAUCCUCAUGGCACAGGCAGGAAAUAUAGCAAACAUCAGCAGCACCAUGGUGAAUCUUGUUCUAAUUUUGUUAAUGGGACAAGUCUAUACAGCACUGGCUGAGAAGCUGACAAAAUGGGAAAUGCACCGGACUCAGACUCACUUUGAUGAUGCAUUCACCUUUAAAGUGUUUGUGUUCCAGUUUGUUAACUUCUAUUCCUCUCCUUUCUAUGUGGCCUUCUUCAAAGGCAGGUUUGUUGGCUACCCAGGUCAUUAUGGCAAAUUGUUUGGCAUGAGAAAUGAAGACUGUGGUCCUGGAGGGUGCCUGAUUGAACUGGCUCAGCAACUGUUCAUUAUUAUGGUGGGAAAACAGAUUGUGAGUAACAUCCAGGAGUUUGUUAUUCCGAAAAUGAAAUCCUGGCGACAAAAGCGACAGAUAGCUGCAAUCAGGGGAUGCCAAAUUCCUCAGGAGCCCAAAAGAUGGGAGGAAGAUUAUGAACUAAUAGAGUGUGAAGGACUUUUCGAUGAAUAUCUGGAGAUGGUUCUUCAGUUUGGGUUCAUCACGAUCUUUGUUGCUGCCUUUCCUCUGGCUCCUCUUUUUGCCCUUCUAAACAACUGGGUAGAGAUUCGCCUGGAUGCACAGAAAUUUGUGUGUGAGUAUCGUCGACCAGUGGCAGAACGUGCACAGAAUAUCGGGGUGUGGUUCAAUAUCCUGGAAGGACUUGCCCAGCUCUCUGUUAUCAUCAAUGCUUUUCUGAUUGCAUUUACCUCAGAGUUUCUUCCGCGCCUGCUCUAUCAGUAUGAGUAUGACCAUAACUUGCACGGAUAUGUGAACUUCACACUUUCAUAUUCACCACACAGUUACACAGCAAGUAACCACACCAUGUGCAGGUAUAAAGCUUUCAGAGAUGAUGAUGGAAAUCUUACUCUCUUCUACUGGAAGCUGCUAGCUAUCCGCCUUGGCUUCAUCAUCGCUUUUGAGCAUUUUGUGUUUUUCAUGUUGCGAUGUAUUGACUGGAUGGUACCAGACGUCCCCGAGUCUCUUGAAGUGAAGAUUAAGAGGGAGAGAUACUUGGCAAAACAGGCCCUAGCAGACAAUCAGGAUGUUCUACUGAUGGUGAGUCGGGACUCCGCUUCACCAGCAAGCAAUGUUUCACCCAGCAGCAUGAGUUAAUCUGUGAUACAAAGACAGUAAAUAUGAAGAUAUAAAGUCUGAACUGCCAACAUCAGCACAUCACCAAUGACAUACUGUUUGUCCCAUCAUGGCAAUGCAGGGGAAGAGGGCAACCAUGACAAAUAAAGAAGGAAAGAGAAUGUCACAGCACUGCUGCUCCUGUCUUGUCUGUCUUUAGACCAGCCAUUAUCUGCACAUAUUUAAUAACUCUUAAAACUUAGGUCUAUCCAUUAUGGGAACUAGCAAUUUUUAGAAAUACUUCAACAUGAUUUGGUGUACCUCUGCUAGCGUACUGCUGAGUGUGAGUAUUCAGGGAUUAUGAAAAUGAUGCUAACAAAAUGCUUCAGCCUCCAUAAUAUUUCUGAAUUGUGCCGUAGUGGAACAUUCAUAUCUUUUAUCAGGUUAGACCACUUCUGUUUCUCGUUCAUUUUCUUCCAUUCAUAUCUACUCGUCAGGUCAUAAAUGACUUUUAACCAAAUGUUGCUACCAUUGUAACAUUAAAAACUUGCUUUAUAAAUCAGUAAAUGAUAUCUGUAUGAAUUGAUAUCCACAUUAUGUAUAUCACCAGGUGAACAAUCAAGAGAUUAAUGCACCCAAAAGCACAGUUCUUCCAAGCCUUCAGCAUCAAGUGGACUUGUUGCUUAAUAUUUUUACCAGAAUAACUCAAACUCAGCAAUUCUGAUUCUAUGCCUUGUGUCAAACAGAAACAGAGCAAGUAGUUAAAAGUAUUUUAAACAGUGAGGAGUACAGUCUUGAACCUGCCAUUAGAAGGCUACUGAAAAUACUCCAUGGAUAAGAAAGCUAUUUUUUUUUGCCAGUGAGGCAAGUAAUAUCCACAUUGUAGGUGAUUAUUAUAGCAUGUUUUUGUUACAGAGCUUAGUGUGCACAUUCGCCAAGAUGAAAUUCAGAUAUAAAGUAUUAAAUUCAUGCAGUCUGAGUAACAGUCUAAAAUGAAUCCUUUAAUAAUUUAUAUGUAGUGUUACUGUAUCUGGUAUGACAUGAUCUUAUCACGCACUCCUUGUUCUGCUGAAAUCUAGUUUGCUUUGUAGAGUGGCUAACUUCCAUGCAGGGAUGUGGUACAAUUAACCCCACAGAAAGACAUUGUUUUGAUAAAACCAGAAAGCAAUUGUUUUAGUGGGACUCUAAACUGUUAAUUUAUUCAUUUUUGUUACAGAUCCCUUCUUUCUGGAUAAUGACUUCUCCAAAAUCAUGCCUUAGCAGAUCACUAUGCUACACUUGGCAAAGAGGGGAGAGUAUUACCAUUAGUGUGUGUGUGUGUGUGUGUGUGUGUGUGUGUGUGUGUGUGUGUGUGUGUGUGUGUGUGUGUGUGUGCGCGCAUGUUGUGUGGCAUUGGAGUUGUAUGUUAUAGUGUCAGCAUGACUCAUUUUAAGAUAUGACGGAAUAUAAUUUAAAAAGAAAGUUGAAGAAUAAGGGAUAAUUUAAUAAAGUAAUUACACUUGUCAUUGCAAUAUAACAGAAUAAGGAACGCUUGCUGUAGCUGACACUGUAAAACAAUAAAUAGUGGAAUUUGUUUUGUGUAAGCAUCAUUACAUGUUGGUGGUCUGGGGUUUGAUUUUGUUACUUUUACUCACCAUAUAUAAACAUUCUUACAGUUUCCUCUUGCCCAUUUGUAACCACCUGGCUUUGCUCAGUAGGUUACAAUAAGUCAGCAGAACAGAUUACAGGUUCAGCCUGAAAAGCAUGCAAUAAAAAAGAGAAUUAUUGUAGUUUACUUUCAAAGCAAGGCAUAUUGCUGUGACUGGCUUCGAGACUCACUCUAAAUUAAAUCUGAUUCCAUAAUACUUUUCCUUUGUUACUUUAUCCUGAUUUGUGACUUUAACAUUUUGAGCUUUGCAUUGUCUUUGCACUGAGGUAUGUGCAAGGGAGUGCUUUGUUAACUGUUUUAUGAUAGUAUGAUCCACUCUCAGUGCAUAAAACUGGAACUGAUGCUAUAAUUGAGAGAUGUAUCCCAAAUUCUGUAUCAGAUAUGCUGUUUUGUUUGUAAGCUGUGUACUAUACUGUAAUCAUUUUUAUCUAACUUACAAUACAGAAUUUUGAAUGAAAAUUUAA